UUUUUUCCUGCUUUUUUUUUUUUUUUCCCGCUCCUCCUCCCGGGAUCGCUCCCGGCCAUGGAAGGCUCGGGACCCCCGGGGGGGGCGCGGGGGUCGCCGCCCCCCUGAAGGCUCGGCGGGAAAGCUUCCCGUUCCCCCGACGAUGGACAGGCUGCUGCUGCCUCUGCUCCUCUCGGUGACCGCCAGCGCCCCGGCCGCGCCGCCCUGCCCCAAGCGCUGCUCGUGCCAGAACCUCUCGCCCUCCUUCACCAUCCUGUGCACCAAGACCGGGCUGCUCUUCGUGCCGCCCGGCAUCGACCGGCGCACGGCCGAGCUGCGCCUCAUGGACAACUUCAUCACCGUGCUGCGCCGGCGCGACUUCGCCAACAUGACGCAGCUCAUCCACCUGACGCUGUCGCGCAACACCAUCAGCCAGAUCAUGCCGUACGCCUUCGCCGACCUGCGCGGCCUGCACGCGCUGCACCUGGACAGCAACCGCCUGACGGCCAUCGCCGAGGACCACUUCAAGGGCUUGGUCAACCUGCGGCACCUGAUCCUGAGUAACAACCAGCUGAGCUCCAUCUCGCCCGGGUCGCUGGACGAUUUCUUGGAGACCAUCGAGGAUUUGGAUUUGUCCUACAAUAAUCUGGUGGAUGUGCCGUGGGCGACGGUGGCCAAGCUGUCCAACGUCAACACGGUGAGUUUGGAUCACAACCUGAUCGAGUUCGUGCCCGAGGGGAUUUUCUCCAACCUCCACAAGCUGGCCAGGUUGGACAUGACGUCCAACAAGCUGAAGAAGAUCCCGCCGGACCCGCUCUUCUCGCGCAUCCCCGUCUACGCCAAAUCCAAAGGCUCCCCGCUGACCUCGCUGGUGCUGAGCUUCGGCGGCAACCCCCUGCACUGCAACUGCGAGCUGGUGUGGCUGCGGCGGCUGACGCGCGAGGACGACCUGGAGACCUGCGCCUCGCCGCCCGAGCUGAUGGGCAAAUACUUCUGGAGCAUCCGCGAGGAGGAGUUCGUCUGCGAGCCGCCCAUGAUCACGCACCGCACGCCCCGGCUGGUGACGGCCGUGGGCCGCAGCGCCUCGCUCAAGUGCAAGGCCGUGGGCGACCCCGAGCCCUACGUGCGGUGGAUCGCCCCCGACGGCAAGUUGGUGGCCAACACCUCCAGGACGGUUUCCUACGAGAACGGGACCUUGGAUAUCUUGGAGGCGGCGCUGGGGGACCAGGGAACCUUCACGUGCAUCGCCUCCAACGCCGCCGGCGAGUCGACGGCGCCCGUGGAGUUCCGGGUGACGCCGGAGGGCAACGGCACCGAGUGCGAGGAGGAGGAGGAGGGCAAGAAGGCGGGCACGGCUCGGCCGGAGCCGUCGGAUAUCCUGAUUUCGGCCAAAUCCAGCUUUUCCAACGACUCCAGGCUGGAGAGGGGGGACAGGGGCGGGGUGGUGGUGGCCGAGGUGACGGCGACGUCGGCCUUGGUGCGGUGGCCGCCGCAGGAGGAGCUGCAGGGGCUGAGGAUGUACCAGAUCCAGUACAACAGCUCGGCCGACGAGAUCCUGGUUUAUCGGUGA